AUGUUUUGGCAGCUCCCACGCCAUGUUUCUUCCGCGGGGCCCGGGGCGCUCUGUAUAUACAGACGUGCUGGAACUAGCCGAUAUUUCGCACAUCGAUUCUUUGCGACAAGAUCCUACGAACCCCUCCGAAUACUCUUUUGCGGCUCCGAUGAGUUCAGCAUAGCUUCCUUGAAUGCUCUCCACAAGGAACAUCUGGAUCGACCAGAUCGGAUAUCCUCCAUUGAUGUCGUUUGCAGACCGGGUAAAAGGGUUGGAAGAGGCCUGAAAAAAUACGCGAGGGUAUCUAAUUUCACAAUCCCCAUCAAAGCUGCGGCAACAGACCUUUCGCUCCCGGUUCAUGAGAUAGAUACAUUCACAGGAUGGACGCCACCUGUACUACCUGGGGGACCCAUCAACCUUAUAGUAGCUGUAUCCUUCGGUCUGUUUGUGCCUCCACGAAUUCUCCAUGGCGCAAAGUAUGGGGGGCUAAAUGUUCACCCUUCUUUGCUUCCCGACUUCCGUGGUCCCGCUCCGCUCCAUCACACUCUUUUGGCUGGUAGAACUAGGACUGGGGUCACUUUGCAGACCUUAGAUUUCAAGCAUUUCGACCACGGCGUCAUUCUACAGCAGACCCCGCCACCUGGAUUUGAGAUCCCAAGGCCCGAGUCAUGUACCGUACCAGAGCUCUUAAACCUUGUUGCUCCUAAGGGAGCUGAGAUUCUUGUCGACGGUAUCCGAAAAGGCCUGUUUGUUCCUCCAGUACGGGAUGCCGGCUGGCGUUCGCCAGAAGAACAUGAAUCCCUGAUACAUGCAGCUAAGAUCAAGCCUGAUGACCGCCAUAUCGACUGGACAAAUUGGACCUGGUUAGAUAUCAGCAGGCGGAUUCGUGUAUUGGGGUCUUUAUGGAGCAAGGCUUUAGUAAUCAAUGAUGCUGCAGCUAACCCUUCUUCCUUCCAAUAUCGACGGGUGAUUUUCACCGAGAUAGAGGAAGUUGAACCGAUGAAAGGGAGCGAAGCGUAUGCUGUGGUCCCAGGCUUACCCUUUGUGGACGGCGCUCAUCCCAUUGAUUCUCGACAAGGAAAAUGCGUCUACGUGUUUACACAAGAUGGUAAACUUCUCCGCAUCAACCAAAUGAAAGUUGAGGGCGAACAGAAUGCGGACGCCCUUCGCGCCGCUCUCAAGGCGCGGAUGGUUGGUGAUCGAACAUUUUCAUCGAACGGCUCGGACUAUACCCCAUUCUACAACCCUUUGCAAUGA